AUGAGGCUGCUGCCGUUGCGGUGCGCAGCGAGGGUCUCAGUCCAGGCGGGUCGCCGCUUCACGACCUCCUCCCCCCGUCGCAGCCUCCUCACAGCGCAAGAGGCAGCCGACCGCCUCGUGGCCAACUUUGGCGGCAACAAGACGUUUGAGCGUAGACAGCUACUCGACGGGAACCAGCUCCAGAAGCUGCUCGACACACUCAACCGUCCGACAGGCGACGUCACGCCUGCCAAUGGCACCCCGAUCCCCCCCGGGUACCAUCUCGUCUACUUCACGCCCACGGAUGCCGAGACAUCCCUUGGACGCGACGGCACGGACAAGACGUUCAAUGCGCCGGCGCCGUUCACGCGGAGGAUGUGGGCUGGCGGCACCAUGAGAUGGGAUGCCGACGCUGAUUUGCGGGUGGGCGAUGAGGUCACCGAAAUCACCCGCCUCGUCAGCGCGACACCCAAGAAGAGUAGCUCAGUGGGUGAGAUGGUCGUUGUUGAGGUGGAGAAGGAGUUUGUCGGCAGCAGAGGACGGGCGUUGCGCGACAGGCGGUCUUGGGUCUUCCGGCCUGAGAUCGACGAGACGCUGGUGCCGGCCAACCUAAAAGCGCUAGACGUUGAUGUCCGAGCCCCGAGUGUCUCGGAGGACGUCAAGACCGAUGAUGGCAAUGGCAUCGUGCGCCAAGUACAAUGGUCACCGGUGGCACUGUUCAGAUUCUCGGCGCUGACGUUCAACGCACACAAGAUCCACUACAACGAGGAUUGGACACGGCGAGUCGAGGGUCAUCCUGGCGUUGUGGUUCACGGGCCCCUGAAUCUGAUCAGUAUGCUGGACUAUUGGCGUGACGUGCAUGGCAGUAGCCCGACUGGGAUCACGUACAGAGCAAUGUCGCCACUGUACGCAGGGGAACGAUAUCAAAUAUCUUCGAAACGGGGUGAAGGCCAGGCCGGUCGUGAGAUUGUAGUCGAGAAGAGUGACGGGACGAUAUGCAUGAAAGCCCAAGUCAACGGCUGA